GUAGGGGUAGGGUGGGUGUGUGUGUGUGUGUGUGUGUGUGUGUGUGUGUGCGUGUGUCUCUGUCGGUGAGUCUUGGCUGCGGUGUUUUUGUCUCCCUGUCAGUGAGCGGCGAUGGGCAGAAGCGACUAAAGGAUACCCAGAGGAUAGGCGGGUGCUGUAAGAGAGGAGGAAAGGAGAGAGGGAAGAAGAAGAAGAAGAAGAAGAAGGAGGGGAGAGGAGGAGGAGGAGGAAGAGGGGGUGAGGAGUGCCAGGAGACUGGGGUGGAGAGCCCUGCAGCGGGAGCAGCUGGUGAGAGGCGGUGGUUGAUUGUGCGACAGGCCACCUCCGGCUCAUCAUGGCUCAGGUGCUGCAUAUGGACCCCAGCUUCCCAGGGAAGCUGAACUCGCCCACUCCCCCCGUCCUGCGCGGGAAGGAACAGGAGGCCCCCUACUCCGUCGAGACCCCCUACGGCUACCGUCUGGACCUGGACUUCCUCAAGUAUGUCAACGACAUCGAGAAGGGCCACACCAUCAAGAAGGUGCCCAACCAGCGGCGGCCCCGCUACGGCUCCCUGCCGCGCGGCCACGGCUACACGGGCUCCUGGUGGACGUCCACCGAGUCCCUCUGCUCCAACACCAGCGUGGACAGCCGCCACUCCUCCUUCUCCUACUGCGCCCCGGGCUUCCACAGCAACCAGCGGCCCAGCUUCAGCACGGCGCGAGUGGAGAAGACCCUGCUGGACGCCCGGCGGAAGCUGGAGGAGGAGAAGGAGGGCCGGCGCUUCUCCAACCUGGGCAGCAUGCACAGCAGCAUGGCGGGCUCCAACACCUCCAUCAGCAGCGCGCACAGCUUCAACCGCGCCCAGGGCGGCGGCGGCGGCGGCGGCUCCUACACGCCCAUGAGCUCGGGCUUGUCCACCCCGGUGUCGCCCACCCCGGCCCACCUGUCGCACGUGCGGGAGCAGAUGGCGGUGGCGCUGCGGAAGAUCCGGGAGCUGGAGGAGCAGGUGAAGACCAUCCCGGUGCUGCAGGUCAAGAUCUCGGUGCUGCAGGAGGAGAAGCGGCAGCUGAGCGUGCAGCUGAAGAGCCAGAAGUUCCUGGGCCACAGCUCGGGCUUCAGCAGGGGCCGUCCCAGAGGGGAGCUGUACAUCGACAUCCCCGAAGAAGAGGCGAGCGCGGGGGCCGCCGGCGGCGCCGCAGCGCCAACGAGCCCCGAGCCCGAGGGGGGGCCGGCGUCGCCCCCCGCGACGCCCCGCGACGCCUCCAAGCCGGACUCGGGCUGCGAGAUCGAAGACACGGUGAUCGUGGGCGGGGCGCGGCCCGGGGCCGCGAGGGAGGUGCGCACCGUCGGGGUCGGGCCGGAGCGGGGCCCGCCGGUUCGGCACGCGGGGGUCGGGGUCCGGGAGCAGGACCUGGGGCUGCUCCCGGAGACGGACGCCCUGAGGGGCCAGGUGGGCCGGCUGGAGGAGGCGCUGAGGCAGGCGGCGGCGGACCUCCGCGCCGCGCGGCCGCAGCAGCAGGCGGAGCGGCCCGCCCAGGGCCUGCGCGCCGAGCACCCGGUCAGGACCACCAGCGUCGGCGGGCGGGAGCCCGAGGGCCAGAGCCUGCAGACGCUGGUCAGCUUCACCCAGCACCCCGGGCCGAGGCAGCAGAGGACCGUGGGGGUCCAGGUGUACACCCUGGAGCAGCCCACCGUCACCGAGGUGGGGACGCGGAUCCGAGCCGAGAGCUGCAGCCCGGCCUCCCUCCCCACGCCGCACGUCGCCCACGAGGGUCCCCACCGAGGACACGUGGAAGUGAUCGCUUCAGAAGAUGCUCCGGUUGAGCUGCCGAUCGCCGUGAGCUCCAAGCAGGUGCGGGAUGUCCUGAGAAGCGAGUUGUCCACCUCAGUUCCUGUCGCUAAACCUGCCAUCGCCAUGGGAACGUCUGGCAAUCAGCCGGCAUCAUUGCAUCUGAGAGAUGCAGAGCGGACCCAGCCCACAGUCACCGAAGCAGCCCAUCCACAGGAGGGUCUUCCUCAGACAGCCUCUCCCCAGUUGUCUCUGAGGUCGAUUAUGAAGCGGAAAGCAGAGGGGGAACCUGGGUCUCCUUCCUUGAAGAAAAACCUCCAGUUCAUUGGAGUCAAUGGGGGAUACGAGUCCACCUCCUCCGAGGACAGCAGCAGCGAGAGCUCGGAGGAGAGUGACUCUAGCGAGUAUCACGAAGCCAGAGAGAAACUCCCCGAGUCGGCUGCCAGAAACCAGCUCCAAACUUCGGCCAGGACCCCCGUCGCCAAUCCCCAUGCCCAGGACACCGACCCUCCACCAGGCCACACUGCCGUCAGACCACCAGCUCCAGCUGCUGAAGCUCCGCAGACCACCAGCCCGCCCGCCUCUGCAGACACAGAAGCGCAGCCUGGCCCCCGGCGGUCCCCAGAAGCGCGCCUAGACGUGGGGCAAAAGGGCGACCCGGAACCACAGGUGGCCGAGCUUAAUCUAAGCCCCCCCCCGUCCCAGACCGUCGCCCCGGACAACACGGCCAGACCCACAGCGGCAGAGGGGGACACCGGAGAGAGAGAGGUUUUGCCGGGGACGCUCGCCCCGGAGUCCGUCGCCGUGGCAACGCUGUGCUCCGCGGCGCUCGUCGCCGGUCAAAUCGAGGUCGCAGACGGCGGCGAGCGCACUCAGUACGUCGUCCAAUCGGAAGCGCACGCUCCGACCCCUCGGCUUGUAGCCGACGAAUCAAACUCCACGCAGGCUCCGCCGCAGACCCCCGGGCCGCCAUCGUCCUCCGCGCAGAGUGAGCCAGCCGCCGGCCAGCAGCCCGUCAGGCUGGAAAUGAGUGACAACCUGAUGGCAGCUCUCCACACCCUGCAGAAGUCCCUGGGAGACCCCAAUGCCUUCAGUCAGCAGGGCGCGAGGGCGGCCUACACCAGCGUCCUGCAGGAGUGGCUGCGCGUCUCCUGCCACAAGGCGGCGGACCCGGCCCUGGUGCGGCUCUACAUGGACGCCUUCGCCUCCUGCUCGCCCCAGCUGCUGGAGUUUGUGAUCAACAUGGCCGACGGCAACGGGAACACGGCGCUGCACUACACCGUGUCCCACUCCAACUUCCCCGUGGUCAGACUGCUGCUGGACACCGGCAUGUGCAACGCUGACAAACAGAACAAGGCCGGUUACACUGCCAUCAUGCUGACAGCGCUGGCUGCCUUCCACUCUGACAGCGACCUCCACACAGUCCUGCAGCUGCUCAGGACAGGCGAUGUUAAUGCCAAGGCCAGCCAGGCCGGCCAGACGGCACUGAUGCUAGCGGUUAGCCACGGCCGCGGGGACAUGGUGCGUGCGCUGCUGUCCUGCGGCGCGCAGGUCAACGUGCGCGACGACGACGGCUCCACGGCGCUCAUGUGCGCCUGCGAGCACGGCCACGUCGACAUCGUGCGGCAGCUGCUGUCCGCGCCGGGCUGCGACGCCACGCUCACGGACAACGAUGGCAGCACAGCGCUGUCCAUUUCCCUGGAGGCCAGCCAGAACGACAUCGCCGUCCUGCUCUAUGCACACCUGAACUUUGCAAAACCCCCUUCUCCUGUGUCCCCCAGGUCCUCACUUCUGGGCCCUUCCUCUCCGCCCGGGGAAACAAAGUGAUGGACUUGUCCCCCGUUGGUGACACCCACUCUUCAGUCUACUUCUAUUUCUGUCUGCCUUUUCAUGUGUGCAACGGACCGAUACUGUUCGUGUGUGUGUGUGUGUGUGUGUGUGUGUGUGUGUGUGUGUGUGUGUGUGUGUUUUCUCUUUGUAUUUCCACUAUCUAACUAACAUUCUGGAGAUGUAAAGAUAAUGGCAUGACUCAACCACUCAACUUUACAUUGAUGUAUGGAACAUACGUACUUACUUACAUACAUGCACUCCACCCCCCAGCCAUACCAUUACAGCGACAAAACUGACCAUUUGGUAAUGCUUGAAAAGUAGCGUUGACUCUGUCCGAAUUUCAACUAUUUUUUUUAAUAUACAGAACUGUUUCUUCUUAAAGCAAUAUAUAUUUUUUGUAGCCUAAUGAACUGUUAUACAUCCAUACGUCAACAAACAUAUCCCUUUGUGUAUCACCAGCACGGCCGUUUAAGGAAUAGCACAAGCCACCUCUCUCGUAGCAAAGUGUCCUUGAUAUAUCGCCUCAGUUACCAUUUUUGGCGCUACAAAGUCCAAUACCUAUUCACCUCUUAGAUAAUAAUAAUAAUUAUACUACAAUUUAUACACAAAACCUCUUUACUGAACAAUAUUUUGUUAUAGUCCCUAUUACUUAUUCUGAUUCAAAUGUAUGACUACCAGUGCUAGUGACAUAUCAUAUUGGAGCACCGGUUUACCUAUAUAAACACUGAUCUCUUUUUAAUGUACUCCCAGCUCUUUUUUCUUUCCUAAAACGGAUCCAAAGAUGUAUCCCACAAUUCAACUCUUCCACACUGUGAGUUGUGUGCAGGUGUGUGAACCGGUGCAGUUGCAGAGGGUCAAUAAUUGACAAGGUUUCUUUCAAAAUGUAUAGUACUGUAGUCUAUGGUUUGGUUUGGUUUGUUUUCUCAGUGAAGGUAUUUUGGAAUGAUCCUAGAAAGGUUUGGCAUUGGACGUGGAUGUCAAAGACAAUGUUUGAGCGAUCCAAUGGAAGUUAGAACUUUUAUGGCAUCUAGAAAGUGACUUGAGUCCUUGUAAAGGAUGUGAUGUGUAAGAUAGGAGUAUCAAAAUAAUAUAUGUCCUUCGAAAAAUUGUGGUGAUGCAUUAAGUCAAAUUCUUUUUAAAUGUGUAUCAAUGACAGAAUUUAUAUUACUUUUGAAUAUUUUUCCCACUCUUUUAAUAUACACUUUUGAGUAAUAGAAUUUUUAUAGACUUUUUUUAAUUUAACUGUCCGUCUUUUUAUACAUUUGGUUUUAUAUUGUCACAUAUUCACAGUUCUUUGGCUUAAGUUUUAACUACUUGUGCAAGUUUGUGUGUUGCCAAAGUAUUUGUUCAUUUGAAGAAAUAUAAUAAAUGUGGAUUCCAAAAUGGA